UCCUUCUCCCACAGUUUCUCUCAUGUCUUCCGAAUUGUAUUUAUUAGGGAUUAUUCUCAUUCAAUAAAUAAAAAACUCCUGCUUCGGUUUGCUUUUGGCGGCUGGCAGGCAUCACUUCCUCACCUCUUCUCUCCGAAACCCCAUUCCCCCUCUCUCUCCCUCUGUACUCUGUUGAGUAACCGCUAUCUUACGCUACCAUAGUUUAAAUAUUUAGAGUUGUAAUAGUAAUUUAGGUUUUUGUUUUUCAAUUUCUUUUCUCUAGUUUUUUCUCGUUUUCAGAGAAGAAAGAAAGAAACGAGAGGCAGAGAUUUUUGGUGAAAGAAUGGUGGGAGCCUUUAACGAAGAGGAAGUAACUGUUUCAUUGUUGAGUAACAAAAUGACUUGUUAUUCUUCACGAGAUCGAAGAUUUUCUAAACAAGUUCAUGAUAACGUUCAUGGGAACAUUUAUCUGGAUCCGCUAGCUCUCAAGUUUGUGGACACUGAACAAUUUCAGAGGCUUCGUGAUCUAAAACAACUUGGUCUAGCAUACUUGGUUUAUCCAGGGGCUGUACAUUCUCGAUUUGAGCAUUCGCUAGGCGUGUAUUGGCUUGCUGGUGAUGCUGUAGAGAAGCUUCAGGAUAACCAAGGAUUAGAACUUGGAAUUGAUAAUUUUGAUAUUCAAACGGUGAAGCUUUCUGGACUGCUACAUGAUGUAGGCCAUGGGCCUUACAGUCACGUGUUUGAGCGCGAGUUUCUUCCUCGGGUUAUUGAUAACUGCACUUGGUCACAUGAGGAAAUGUCAGUCAAGAUGGUUGACCACAUCGUUGAUGAACAUUCUAUUGACAUCAAUCCUGCCAGUCUUAAAAGAGUAAAGGAGAUGAUUCUUGCUAGUUCUUCCUCAGUCCAGAAAAGCGCACAAGAGAAGCAGUUCUUAUAUGAUAUUGUUGCAAAUGGUCGCACUGGGAUAGAUGUGGACAAGUUUGAUUAUAUUGUCCGUGAUACUCGAGCUUGUGGUUUAGGCUGCAGUUUUCAGUUUGAAAGGUUAAUGGAAACGAUGCGGGUUAUCGGUGAUGAAAUAUGCUACCGUGCUAAGGAUUAUCUUACCAUCAACAAGUUAUUCACAACUCGUGCUGAUCUGCAUAGAACAGUGUACACUCAUGCAAAAGUAAAGGCAGUAGAACUCAUGUUUGUAGAUGCGAUGUUGGAAGCUCAUAGUUACUGUAACAUUCUGAAUCGAUUAGAUAACCCAGCUGAAUACUGGAAGCUAGAUGACACAAUACUGAAGACUAUUGAGACAGCAACAGCCCAAGAACUGCAGAAAGCAAGGGAAUUGGUCUUGCGUAUUCGCAGAAGGGAUUUGUACCAGUUCUGUAACGAGUAUACUGUUCCGAAGGAUACAAUGGAUCACUUUAAGCAAGUUACAGCUCAAGAUAUUGUUUGCUCCCAGCGGAGUGGCGGACCCGAACUGAAGGAAGAAGAUGUUGCUGUUUGCAAUGUCAAGAUUGAUUUGUCACGUGGAAAGGAGAACCCUCUUGAGAGUAUCAAAUUCUUCAAGGAUUAUGAGAGCAAUGAGAAAUUCCCUAUACAAGAGAAUCGUAUUAGCCAUUUAUUGCCAGGUUAUUGCCAGGAUAUGAUCGUGAGGGUGUACUCAAAAAAGCCUGAACUGGUGGAAGCAAUUUCCGUGGCCUUUGAGAACUUUCAGCGUAAAACAUAUCAUAACAUACCGCAAGUUCACGAGACCCCUGAGAAGAAGAAAUGUAGAAAGUGAAGGUCCCGUUGUGUACAUUGUCAAUCAUCUUUCAACCGGAAAACAACCUUUGUAUUCGAGAAAGAUGCAAAUAUGACAGCCAAACAGUUGAGUGAUUACUAUUUUCAACCUGAUUUUUGAAAAUCAAUCAAGAGUCUGCUAUAUAGUAGAUAGGUAUACAUAUGAAAAAAGUAAAUAAUGUUCAACAGUGUUAUAAAGCAAAACUGUGUAUAGUCAAUUAGCAUGUUUCAGCGGUCAGAACCUCAACUCUGUAACAUGUAGAUUGUUACGAGACAUUUAACAUCUGAUAUUCCUUGGUCACAGUAUUCUGCUGCAGAUACUGUAAAUAGUUACUUAAGCUGAUGAAUCCUCCAUCAUUUAGGUGGUCUCCAUGGAGAUGUCAUGGAUUUAUGUUGAGAGUUUCAGUAACUUGGAUCCUGAAAUUAGUUUGAAUCUUGUUCAAUCAAUUCUUUUGCUAGUCGGAUAAUUAUUUUUUUCAAGCA